AUGGCCAAACUGCGAGGAGACGUUGAAAGUUCGAAGAAGAAGAAGAAGAGGAAAAGGAAGAGGAAGAAGAAUGGGAAGAAGAAGAGGCAGAAGUGCUUUGGGACCGCCGUUGAUGCCUUGCCGUGGAAGAAUGAUAGGGCAGAGGGCCUGAUCGGCAUUGCCUGGCUGCUGCACUACUGCCUCCCAAGGAAACCGAACCUCAAGAAAUACAACUUCGUUCAAACAAACCCUAACUCCUUCUCCUCCCUCCCUCCUCCUUAUCCGUAUUCAGGUGCUUGUCCAAACUACCUGUACCUCGAGGGAUACGUCUUCACGAAUUCAGCCUUUUUUCCCCCGUUUCUCCGGUUCAUCGUCCUCUCUUCAACACAGAAGGAAGAAGGAAACUACUCCUUGCCGCGUUCUAACCUCUCCAACCUAAGCUUACCACAAUGGUCUGGAAAUCAACAGUCAAAUAUGGGCGGCGGUGGUCCGGGUGAUGGCCAGGAUGAGAAGGACAAGAAGAAGGAAAAGCCAAAGUAUGAACCUCCUCCACAGCCCACCACCAGAAUCGGCCGGAGGAAGCGUAAGCAGGCCGGCCCCAACGCUUCAGCAAAACUCCCUGCCAUCUACCCAACUUCCCGCUGCAAACUGAAAUACCUCCGCAUGCAACCAUCCACGACCAUCUACUACUCGAAGAGGAAUAUUGAUGAUUUCGAGACCACGGAUCGAAAUGCAGACGAGCGAAAUCGCGUCGAUGACAUGCGCGGAAGCCCCAUGGGUGUAGGUAAUCUGGAAGAGAUGAUCGAUGAUGACCAUGCUAUCGUCUCUACCGCGACGGGGCCCGAGUAUUACGUCUCGAUCAUGUCCUUUGUCGACAAGGACCUCCUGGAACCGGGUGCGAGCAUCCUGCUGCAUCACAAGUCCGUCUCCGUCGUCGGCGUUUUAACCGAUGACGCGGACCCGUUGGUCUCCGUCAUGAAACUGGACAAGGCACCCACGGAAUCCUAUGCAGAUAUUGGCGGGCUGGAGUCGCAGAUCCAGGAAGUUCGAGAAGCGGUCGAACUGCCUCUUCUCCAUCCAGAACUCUACGAAGAAAUGGGCAUUAAACCUCCCAAGGGCGUCAUUCUCUACGGAGGUCCGGGAACGGGGAAGACACUACUAGCCAAAGCCGUCGCCAACCAGACAAGCGCCACAUUCCUAAGAAUCGUCGGCAGUGAGUUGAUACAGAAAUACUUGGGUGACGGGCCUCGAUUAGUCCGCCAGAUUUUCCAGGUGGCUGCCGAACAUGCCCCGUCCAUCGUCUUCAUCGAUGAAAUCGAUGCAAUAGGAACAAAGCGAUAUGAGUCUACGUCAGGCGGCGAGCGGGAGGUGCAACGGACCAUGUUGGAGCUACUCAAUCAGCUUGACGGCUUCGACGAUCGUGGCGACGUCAAGGUGAUCAUGGCCACGAAUAAGAUUGAAUCUCUCGACCCCGCCCUGAUCCGCCCAGGACGUAUCGAUCGGAAGAUCUUGUUUGAGAAUCCGGAUCAAAACACCAAGAAAAAAAUAUUCACCUUGCACACCUCCAAAAUGUCCCUGGGCGAUGACGUGGAUCUGGACGAGUUCAUCAAUCAAAAGGACGACCUUUCCGGCGCGGAUAUUAAGGCCAUAUGCUCCGAGGCAGGUCUGAUGGCGCUGCGCGAGCGACGGAUGCGUGUGCAGAUGGCUGAUUUCCGCACAGCGAGGGAACGGGUUCUGAAGACAAAGAGCGAGGGCGAACCGGAGGGGUUGUAUUUGUAGUUCACUUGGUUAGGCUAAUAUCUUUGAAGCAUGGAUGGACCCAUCCCGUCUUUUUUU